AGGGGCGCGUGCUGCGCAUGCGCGGCGCUGGGCGAGCGUUGUUCCAGUCAGUCAGUCGUAAGAUGGCGUUCUCGCUGCUGUUGCUGCCGCUGCUGCUCGCGGCGCCGGGACUGGCCAAAGUUCAGUACAAGGUCCACUGUUCAGAUGACACCAUGCAAGUGGAACUCCUUAUGACAGACUCAAUGGGUGCUGUAUACUUAGAACAACUGAAACAUUAUCCUAAUCCAGCAUGCCAUCCAGAAACUGAAGGCAAUAAAUUGACUUUCAAUUUGUCAUUAAGUGAUGUUUACCAGUGUGGAGUGACUCGAGUGACAAAUGAAAUUACUGGACAAAAAAUAUAUUACCAUCGAAUUAUAGUUGAAAUGACAUCUGAGGAGCCCAAAGAAGUGAUUUUGGCAAAGUGUAUUGUCAAUUCGCAAGUGAACCACACCUUGACUAGGAGAAGUGUGCUGCCUGUGGGCUUUCAAGAAGCAGAUGCCUUAGAAGUGAGCUAUACUUUUGAGCAGAAAGUUGAAGCACCUACAUUAGGAGUUGGUGUUCGUCAAGGAGGGCAACUUGUAACUGGAGAGUUGAAUGUGAAUCCAGGGACGCCGUUGCAAAUGGAAAUAUAUCUCGAUAAAGCCACUGCUCCAGUAUAUGGUCUUCUAGUCAGUUACAUGAUGGUAACAGAUACAAAAUCUCAGGAUGAGACUAUUAUUUUCAAUGGUUGCUCAGUUGACACAUACUUAUUUGAAAACUUCAAUACAGUUGAUGGUGAUUUUCUGUCAGCAAAAUUCAGAGCAUUCAAGUUUCCUCAGUCAACCUAUGUUGAGUUUAAGGGGACGGUGAAUGUCUGUCUUGAUAAAUGUCGUGGUGUGGAAUGUAGCAACGGUCAAAUAGGGUAUGGACGAAGGAAACGAGAAGUGCCUACUAUGGCACCUGAUCCAAACAAAGUAUUUGAAAUAACAAUGACAACAUUCAUUAAAGUUGAUUAUGAAGAAGAGGAAGGUGCUGACAAAGCUCAAGCUCCAGUCCGAGAAUUUAAGGUGAAAAAUGACACAAAGACACCACCCAAGAAGAUGAAUUCAUUUUACAAUGCUGAGCCAAAAACUCUUCUACAGCUUGAAAGUGAAGACAUUAGGGAUGAUGUAAAAUACAUUUUAAUCAAUGAAAAGAGCAGCGCUAGUAUUUUCACCUGUUCACUGAUUUUUGUCUCAGUAAUUGUGCUUCUCCUCUAAUGUGCUCUUGUUUCUCAAGUACGUUAGACAGAGACAUCAUCACCGAAAAAGUUUUUUUUCACAGUUUUUAAAUCACAGUACACUGUAUGUCCAGCAAUAUCACCUUCAAGAUGAAGGCCCAAGGAAACACAGACAGACCAUCAGUUAGUCAGUCAGUCAGUCACCAGUUCAUAAUUAGCAGAAGAACUGUCAGGAAAAUGUAAUUCAUUGACAAUUAACGUGCACUGAAAGUGACUGACUGGUAAGCCUAAUGAAAACUGCCUAAAUUUUCCAAUAACACGAAUGAAAAAAGCCAUAUCAGCUUUCAAAUAUUCCCAGGUUUUGUUAACUACUGUAGAUCCAAAUUAAAAAAAAAACAUUCACUAUGCAAAUAUUUGAGUGAGAAUAAUUUUUUACAUACUGAGACAAAAUCAAAAAAAUGUUUAAUUAUUACACAAGAAUACACUUUCUGCCUAAGUUUCACAACUGUUUAUUUUACACAACUGAAGUUUCAAGUUUGAAGUCCUUUUUAACAUGUGUCUUCAUGUGUAAUAAUUACGAUUUUUCACCAAGACAAACAAUAAACUCAGUUUUUUUAAUUAUGUGAAAUAUAUUGGGCUUUGCUCUGUGAUGAUGAAAACGUAAUGUGCCAUUUAUCUGUACUGUGAUAUUUUUCAUAUUGCAAAGUUAUCUCAAAAACAAUAUUAUUGAAAUAGAGCAGAUGGACAGUGCACACUUGGUAUCACCCCUCAUUAUAAGACAUCUUGAAGGCCACUCAGAAAAAAUGCUCAAAUGUGUGUGAAUUCCUAUGGGACCAAGGCCACUCACGCUGAACAUCUGAGACACGGAACUCACUAAAUGAAGACAAUAUGUUGUUAUUUAUUUUGAUGAAGGAAAAGAUGAUCUAUGUGAUGGAUGGAAGUUAUCAUAAGGCUGUGAGAAUACAAACAUGUCUGAAAUUUAGACCCUGCAAGAUUUUUCUUCUUACUAUCUUAAACGUGUUGUGAUGUUUUCAGUGUGAGUCUAUUCUUAUGUGAUGUGUUUGUAAUCCUGAUAAAUCACAUCGUCUUUCUUUGCAUGUUGCUUUUAUAGUUCCUUUUAUGAAGACUUACUUGCUUCAGUUUUGUGGAAUAAUGUUUAUACUUCAGUAACAUUCAUACAUUUUUCCAUCUCUAGGAUGUUUUUCCCCCUUCUUCUAAGAACUCAGUUAUUGAACAAAAUUUUUAACAAAUUUAGUAAUUACAUAUUAAAUUUCUACCUUCUGGUAGGUACAGUAUAUUAAGAAAGGAUUGGAAAUGCCAGGCUUACCAUUAAUAAUUUCAAGUCAUUCAAUAAUCAUGACAAUAAAUUAAAUACUCUAUGCUAUAUCAGAAAUAAAUCACUGGUUCAUAACAAGGGACCAAAACUGAUAAAACAUGUUAUGCCAAUUUCACGAACUAUUAAUUACAUAUGUAUAUUUUUAAUGUUAAUUUACCAUACAGUGCACUUUUUCAUACAUAAACAAAAACAUGUAAAAACUUAACCAAUGAAAAUCAAGGUUGAAGCUUCCCAACAAAUGUUUACUACAUGGAAAACAGUCUCAAAACACAGGCCCUUCAAGUCCUUAUGUUGCCCACAGUUUUAAUCUCUCAGGAAAAUUCAUAUGUUACUCAACAGAGUUCAUUUGCUUAUAGAGUGGAAGAUUUAUGGAUAUGCUAUAAGUCUCUGAUACAGCUGGCUCAAGUUUCUUAUUUUCGAAUAUAACCCUCAUCAUUCAUCUGAGAAUGUUCUUCUAUACAGACUUUUUACUGGAUGCAAUCACAAAUUACAAUGGCCUUUAAGUUAAUGAUGAACUAAAUAUCAUCAUCAUCAUCAUCUUGGACAGUUUCCAGCCACUGGCUGGGUCUGUCGGGAACACAAGCCUCUCCAUCGUGUUCUGUCUUUCCACCAUUCCCCCUCUUCCACCUUCGUCCAGUUCUCUCCUCUUCUCAUCACACAUUCCUUCACUCCCUUCACCCAUCUAUCUCUUGGUCUUCCUCUGGGCCUCUUCCCCUCCAGUUGCAGAUCAAACAUCCUCUUUGGAAUUCUUCCCUCAUCCAUUCUCUUCAUGUGUCCAUACCACUGCAGUCUAAAUAUCAUCAGUUCUAUUUAUAUGAGACAAGGAAUGCAAUGAAAUAAAGAUGCAGUUCAUCUGGAACUGUAUUUUUCUGGUAGUCUCAAUUAAAUCCUUCAUAAUACUUAAAUAUUUCUGAAGCCCAAUUUCCCUUUUUAGCCUGUUUUUCAGAAUAGUUUCUGAAAUGAUAUGUUGAUCAUGGUGCUUUUUGAUUUUACUUUAGAUUUGGCCUUGACAUGUAGGGCCUACAUGUCAGCAGCUAUUUGGAAUCAACUAACUCUUGAAGUUACAAUGUGUGAGCUAGGUACCUUUGCUAGCAUGUUGAGGGUGCUAGUAACAAACACCACCCUGUAACAGCGCAGUAUUAACCUUGUGAAAUGAGCUGGAUAAUCUCAUAUGGCCUUGGGUGGGCUAAAGCUUAGAUUUAUAGCAUGCAAUACCAGAAAUAAUUCACUAAAACCAAAUUUGACUCAAAUAUACAGCUGUAAAAAGGGAAAAAACUUUAAAAAAAAACCUGAAACAAUCCUACAGUGGUAAGAAAAUGUUCACUUUAAUCAUUUUUACGCUUAGUUGCUAUUUACCCUGUAACAUUGAUAUUAUGAGAAAUGUUAAUUAACAGCUUACAAAAUAAUGCAAUGUCAGUUCCACAUGUUUUGAAUUCUGACACAUUGCCUAAUAGUAAGGCAGUUUCUUCAUUCAGCUCCUCUCAUUGUAAUGCCUUUAGUUACAAAAUAUUUACUUUCAAACUGCAUACUAGAAUGCAGUACCAAAGCUGUCAGAGAACCAUCUGUACAGAUUACAUUAUGCAUUGCAUUAAAAUAUCUAUUUGUAUCUGUUACCAUUGUGAAUUAUCAACCUCAUAGCUUUGGCAUCCAGAGUAGUUCCAAGGAAAUCAUAUUUUCUUGUUAGUGGCUAUACCUGUCCUAAUAAUUAAAUCCACUGCAGUGGCUACUUUUGACUAUUAUUUGUACAUUUAGCAACUCUGUUGACAGAGUUGUGCUUGCAAGCAUGUUAUUCUAGGAAUUUUAAUCUCAUAGUAAAUUACUGCCACGAAACAUGUUUUAUUGCAGAGCUCUUCUUCCACAUAUUCAUUUGAAUUUGAACCCUUUCAAAUUCCUAUUUGGUUUUUCUGACCACAGAUGAAGUUACAUUACCCUCAGUUUCUGGUAUAUUAAUCUGGCAUUCACAGUGAUCUCUAUGUGAUGAAGUGAAAGGACAUUAUGGCUGCCAAACUUUUACAGUGUUUCUAUUAGUAAAACUAUGCCGUUGGGUGUUUUUUUUAUGUAACUUCACAUUUCGUAUUCAUUUCCAUUUUCUUAUGCUUCAUAGUUUUGUGAAGAAUUAUACUCAAAUACCUUUCAAAAUGGUAUUUCAUGUCACCUGAGGCUAGUUCCAGUUAUGAUGCAGUGUCACACAAUCCUCUUCAGAAAGCUAGUUAUUUGCUUUUCCAAAAUGUAUUGUAUGCUGUAAAAGAGUGCUUCACAUUACUGUAAAUUACUUAUAUGUUCACCUUAAGUUAGACUUUAUCUAAACUUGAUGGAAUUUGACAAUAUUUUACUUUCAAUUGUGCUGUAAGCUAUCACUAUCUUUAAACAAAAUAUGCAUGUCUGAUUCACAGCAUUUUGUUAAGUUUAUAAAUUGUCUUAUAAUGGUUGACUGAUGAUGAUAAAUUAAUUUCAUUUGCUGGGAUGAGCUUAAGGUAUUAUAUCAGAAUAUGGAAAUACUGAAACUAUUAUGGUAAAAUGCUCAAUCUUGAAUGAGUAAUUGUAGGUGCAAAAGUGUAUGUGAGUAUGUAUUGGUAGGAAUUCUGUAAUGACAGAUCUUUCAUGAUAUGAAGAUAAUGUUAACUUAAACAUUGCUUGGGAAUUUGAAAAUGUACAUGCUCAUUUGUGAGCUUAUUAUAAGAUAUGAAAUGCAAGGCAGUCUAUUUGUGUCAUAAAAACUGCUUCUGAAUUAUUUAUAGAGUAAGAUAUUCUCAUACAUGUAAAUGUGAAAAUACUUUUCCUACUACUUAUGGUAAUUGGAGAGUUAAUAAUGUCAUUGUUAAUUUCUCCAUUAUGUAACUUCCAAUUUCACUGACUCAUUAAUAUCACAUCUCAUAUUUUAUUAUUUCACAAUGCAGACAAUGUACAUGUUGUUUUAAAUGGAAGAAAUUGGAUUUUGCAUUUGGAGGAUUGCUCUAACACAAGAAUCAUGGCAUAAACAUAGUCUUCAGACAUAUUAAUGUUAUGCUUUAUUGUGUCAGACCACUUAAUGAUUUACACAAAUAAAAAGAAUCGCUUAAAAUAAAGCCAAUUGCUUAUUA